ACAUCAGAUGGCAGGUGAACAGGAACCGGAGCUGCAGGAGGAAGUAGUGAAACUACAGACAGCCCUGGCCGAGCUCCAGGUGAACACUGCACAACGCGAGCAACAGGAAAAGGAUAUAAGAGAGGAGCUCAGCGAGAAACUCCAGCAAGCCAAGGGCCUUUUAAAAAGAGCAGAGGCCGAACUGAGAGAAAGAGACACCAAGGCUAUGGCCUACAAGGGCCAUCUACAAAGUGCCCGGGCCGAAGUCCAUGCCUUGUCAAAACAAAGAGACUAUUUGAAGGAUGAAGUUGACAAAAUGCAUAGGGAACUUAAGCAUGCAUAUAAGUUGCAAGGUGAACCUGAAAGGGAAAUGCACCCCAUAGAAUUUCCCUCAACCUCAAAGGAUUUCGAUCCUCCAGGCCAAGAAUUUCCUGUCCAAGGGGGAGUGGCCCUGAGGGAACUGGACAAACUGGCUAGGAAUAUCCCCACUUUCACGCCAAACCCCAUGGGAGGCCACGAUGUGCAUGCCUACCUGCAGGACAUUGACUUUCAUUUACAAACUCUGACCAAUGUGACUACACGAGACAAGCUCUACCUUCUCAGGAUCACCUCCAGCCGGGAGGUGUGGAGUUUCCUAGACCGGCAGCCAGAAACAGUCACCGCAAACUACCAGCAACUUCGACAAGCUUUAAUUAAAGAGUUCUCUGAACCAGACUCGGAGCACGGACUGUUUGCAGCCAUGGACUUAAAACAGGGCAAAGUAGAAACCCCACAGGCCUCCUACAACAAGCUCCGACGGGCCUACUUUGGGGCACGAAAUGAGCCAGGAAUGGAAGAGGAUUUCAAUUUCAAGACUUUGUUUCUCCAGAACCUGCACUCCAGUGUGAGCCAGCACUUAGGGGUCCUGGUCUGCCCACGGAGCAUGUCCACCCAACAGCUGAGAGACUUGGCACACAAAGCCUACACUAAGCAAAGUACUGUUCCAGAGAAAGCUGUAAAGGGCCCAACGAUCUACUCUAUUUCCGAGCACAGUUCGGAACUGGCACUAGGGCAUCCAACACCACCACAACAACCAGCCUGCUCCUAGAAUG